UUCUUUCUCCCCCACUGGUCGUACAGGACAAUGGAGCAGCAGCCGUAUGUCAAGAGCCUCGGACACUUGCAAUCCCAUCAGCAGCAGCAGCAGCAACAGCAGCAGCAACAACAACAGCAGCAGCAGCAGCAGCAACAGCAGCAACAGCAGCAGCAACAGCAGCAGCAGCAACAACAACAGCAGCAGCAGCAGCAAUCGUCGAGGUCGGCAGCUAGUCCGCUGUCGCCUCCGCGUCCUGGACCGGGCAGCGCGGCGGCCGCAGCUGCGGCGAAUAGCUACGCCAAGUUUGCGGAUGCGCCGCAACAUUUUAUACAGCCACCGGCGUACAGCAUUGGGAUUGCGCCGGUGGCCAACUAUCAUCGGGAGAGUCCAUAUAUGCGGAUACCUCAGCUGCAGGCGUCGGUGCCGGAGUUUCAGCGGGCGGCGCGUGCAGCGACGGUGGCUGCCGCCGCUGCUGCCGUUGGCGGUGGCAAAGGCGGCCCGGGCAGCAGCAGCGGCGGCAGCAUUGGCGUUGUCGCCUCAACCGCCGGCCCAGGCAGUAGCAGCGGCGGCGGCGUCCUCCAAGUGGCCGGCAGCAUGGCACCGCCAGGCGCCCAGCCCGGCGGCGUUCUCGUCAUGGAGGCCAUGUCGCAUUACCAGUCGUUGCAUUACAACAACGAAUACCUGACCAAUGCCGCAGCCUUGGCAGCGGCUGGACAGCGCCAGCAGCAGCAGCAACAGCAGCAGCAGCAGCAGCAGCAGCAACAACAGCAGCAACAUCCGUCGCUGUCUGAGCCGCCGGGCAGCGUGGGUCAGCCGUAUAAGAAGCAACGGCUGAGCGAUGCCAAUGUCAGCAACAUGAAUCACCUGCCACACCAGCAACAGCAGCAGCAGCAACAGCAACAGCAACAGCAGCAGCAGCAACGCUCCUCGCCAGCUCAGCAACACAACAGUAGGCAGAGCAAUCAUGAGACGGAGCAGUCGCGGCGCGUGUUGCACAUGUCCGCUGGCUCGGUGCUGACGCCGCUGGCCAUGCAGCAGCUCAAGGUGGAAACGCUGCCACAGCAGCAACAACAGCUGCAGCAGCAGCUGCAACAGCUGACGUCCCAGGUGCAUGCGGCACGUGGCAUGGUGCCGCCGCCCACGGUGUCAGCAUCCAAUGCGCAGCUGAUCAGCUUCUCCACCAGCAGCAGUAGCAGUAGCAUCAGCAGCAGCAGCAACAACAACAACAACAGCGGCAGCAGCAGCAAUGCCCAAGCUUCAGUAGCAGCAGCUGCAGCAGCGGCGGCAGCAGCAGCCGCAGCAAGUAGCACAGAAGCAUACCAUCCACAGGUGGAGGCCAUUUCACCAACGCUGCCCAGCGACAAUUCAGAGGAGCGCGGACGCAGCAGCGCCAAGGACGAUCUGCUCUUUCAAAUCCAGCGCGUUGACGAUGAGAUCAAGUAUGCCGAAACGGCAAUGGUGACGCUGCGCAAGAAGGAGAAGACGCUGCUGGACGAGGCGGCGGCAACGGCGGCGACGGUUAAGCAGCAGAAGGCGGCCGCCGAGCAGGCGGCAGCCGAGAGCGGCAAUGAGCGGUACAUGGAGCUGGGCUGGCGCACGCAGCUGCUGGCCCAGCGCGUGUACGAGGCGAACCGGAAGACGGCCGCCGCACAACAUUCCGCGGUGAGCGAGGCGGGCGGCGUGAAGAGCAUGACACGCCCCUGGCUGCCGCUGUACAAUCAGCCGCUGGACGUGGAGGCGCUGUCGCAGCUGAUCAAACGGCAUCAGACAUUGGUGCGGGCACCGCUGCUCGUGCACAUACGCAAGAUGAAGGCCGACCGCUGGGAGUACAACCAGGGCCUGGUGGAGAAGUAUGCCAAGGAUCAGGCCGACUGGCAGCGCCGCUGCGAACGGGCCGAGGGCAGCGCGAAGCGCAAGGCGCGCGAGGCCAAGAAUCGCGAGUUCUUCGAGAAGGUGUUCACGGAGCUGCGCAAGCAGCGCGAGGACAAGGAGCGCUUCAAUCGUGUCGGCUCGCGCGUCAAGUCAGAGGCGGACUACGAGGAGAUCAUGGACGGCCUGCAGGAGCAGGCGCUCGAGGACAAAAAGAUGCGCUCCUAUGCCGUGAUACCGCCCCUGAUGCACGAUGCCCGUCAGCGUCGCUGCGCCUACCACAACGAGAACGGGCUCAUCGAGAACAUGAUUGUCGUCCACGAGGAGCGCAAGGCACUCAAUCUGUGGACGGCCGGCGAGAAGGAGACGUUCAAGGAGAAGUAUCUACAGCAUCCGAAGAACUUUGGCAUGAUCGCCGCCAGCCUGGAUCGCAAGUCGCCGCAGGAUUGCGUACGCUAUUACUACCUCAGCAAAAAGACGGAGAACUACAAGCAGCUGCUGCGCAAAUCCCGCCAACGCACACGCAGCAGCCGGAAUCCUGCCAAGGCGCAGGCCCAGCUGCCGCAGUGCAUCAUCGAUUCGCUGACAACGGGCGUCACGACGCGCCUGCAGCGCGAGCAGCAGCAAAAGUCCGGCAAUCGCUCCAGCGCCGUGGCGGAACGCGAACGGGCCGAGCGUGCCGCCGAACGGGAACGCGUCGCCGAGAAGGCAGCCGCUGAUGCCGCCAAGGCGGCCGAGUGUGCUGCCGAGAAGGCGAGCGCCGUUAGCAAAGCUGCCGAAGCGGCGGCGGGCAGUGAAAAGGUGGCCAAAAAUGCAGCAGCAGCAGCAGCAGCCGCGGCAGCAGCAGCGACGGCAGCGUCAGCGUCGUCAGCAGCAACAACAACGGCGGACAAGGCGGAUGCGGGCAAGGCGCCAGCUGGAGCGAAUAAGAAUGCAACAGCUGCAGCAGCAGCUAAAACGGAGAUCUCAAAGGGCAGCAGCAGCGACGCCAAAGCCAAAACCGCUACAACAGCCGCAACAAAUGCGUCAGCGAAUGUUGCCGGCGAGGCAGCUGCAGCAGCUGCUGCUGGUGCGACUGUUGCUGCCGCUGCGACCGCUGCGCCCACGUCCAAGGCAUCCAAGUCCCAGCCAGGCGAUGCCAAAGCAGCCAAUGCCGCCAAGGCAGCGGAGCAGCCGGCCGAGACGGAGGAGCAGCUGGCGGGCAAGAGCAAAGCAACGGCUGCCGAUGGCUACAGUGCAACUGGUGCGACAGCAGGCAAUGCGACGGCAGCGGCAGCGACAACGCCUGCGGUUAGCGUGGCCAUCAAUGGCUUUAAGCCUGGCUAUCAGAGCGUGGUCAUGGCCAACGUGAAGGCGCCCGCGCCCUCCGCUGGCUUGGAUGAUGCUGCAACGGGCGCUGCUGCGACGGCAGCCGCUGCAACCUCGACAAAUGCAACUGGCGAUAAAAUCGUAAAGACGACGUCGACUGCAGCGACAGCAGCAGCAGCAGCAGCAGCAGCAUCGGCAGCAUCAGCAUCAGCAGCUGCUGCUGGCUUUGCUGUGCCCAAUGCGGCAGCUGGAGCCACGGAGCCGGCGAGCGGCGUGGCAACGCUUACCACGGCCACCACAGCCGGCAACUAUUUGGGUCAGAAGCUGAAGGCGGCCCAAGUGGAGGGACUUGGUGCCGGCAAUGAGCUGCAUGCGGACGUUAGCGAUGCCAAGAAGAAACGCUUUGAGCUGGCGCCUGGCGAGUCCAACGUGAACAACAAUAAUAAUAAUAACAACAACAACAACAACAGUAGCAACAACAACAACAGCAACAUCAAACUGAACGCCAGCGAUGCGUCCAAUCAAAUCUCGUCCAUUGGCAAAGGCGCCGGCUCCAGCCUGGCGCCCGCCUCCUCGUCCACAUCCUCGUCGUCGUCGUCCUCGUCGAUGAUGUUCAUUAGCGCCGCAUCGCUGAUAUCGACAGCAUCGUCGCCGUUGACGACGGCAACGGGCACCGGAACCGGAACCGGAACUGGCACCGCAACGAGGCCGACGACAACGUCUACGUCAACGCCAAUGGUCACAGAUCGAGCGGGCAAUUUGUUGAACACCUCCGAGGUUCUGGCAUUGGAUGCCAAAGAUAAACUGGCAAGCUGUUUUGUUUGCAAGACGGAGGCAUGCCUGCGCACUCGCCCAUUGAAGAAGGGGCGUGGCCAGCAAUAUGCAAUCCCAGACGAGACGAUACCAGCGGGCGCACGCGUCUGCAACAGCUGCCAAUGCAAAUCGGUGCGCAAUCGCUAUCCCAACUGUCCGCUGCCCACGUGCCCCAAUCCCAAGGAUCGGGCGCAGCGGCUGCGGAAUAUACCCACACGGCUGUUCGAGCUGGCGCCGGAGCUGCGUGAUCCGCUGAUGGCCGAGUUCCAGAUCAAAAUGCAUGCCACACGCUGCUGUUCCGCCUGCCUGAUGCGCAUACGGCGCAAACUCGAUCCGCUCCUGAAUCUCACCGAUGAGGAGCGACGUCGCGGCGGCGUUGGCAGCGGCGAUGCCAGCGCUGGCGAUGAGACCGAUGUGAGCACUUCGUCCUGUGAUGAGCGCGAGCCAGGCGGCUCGGACACCGCCUCCGUGGAGAGUCCCGAGUAUCUGCAGCGGCACAAGUCGCAGCUGAACAAGCAGCAGCAGCAGCAGCAACAGCAGCAGCAACAACAGCAACAGCAGCAGCAACAGCAGCAGCAACAACAACAACAACAGCAACAGCAACAGCAGUUGCCACCUCAACAGCAGCAGCUGCCACAGCCACCACCAGUACCACAAAAGCCGCAACAGCAACAACAACAACAGCCAGCAGGAGCUGCCAAUGUGCGCAGCGUGGCAGACGCAUCCGGCGCCGCUUUAACCAUUACGCCCACUCGCAUGUCCGCCAAGGCAGCAGCAGCUGUUGGUGGCAACGACAGCGAACGCCUGCUGCCGCCAGCAUGCCAAGCGCCGAAGAAGCAGAAGACCAGCGAGGAGUACGACUCCUCGGCGACAGAGACGGCGGACGAGGAGAACGAGAACUCGCCAGCGAAUCGACAGAGUCCCAAGGUGAUCUUCAAUGCGGUCUCGCAUGCUCAUGCCCAUCCAGCCCAUGGGCAUGGCCAUGGGCAUGGCCAUGGGCACGGCAAUAACAAUGUGGCCGGACUGCAGCCGCCGAAUGCCGCAACAGCAGCAGCCGUUGCUCUAACUGCGCAGCAACAACAGCAGCAGCAGCAGCAGCAACAACAACAGCAACAGCAGCAGCCGAAUGGACCGAUGAGCCUACGCCGCGAACCAGUCAAUGUGCAGGACUGUGUGUUCUCUGUAAUUGAGCGACAACUGAAGCAGCAGGCCAAGGGGCCGCAGCUGCCAGGCAACAAUCAGGGCAAGCAAGUCAGCCAGCAGCAGCAGCAACAGCAGCAGCAACAGCAGCAGCAACAGCAGCAGCAACAACAGCAGCAGCAGCAGCAGCAGGCGCACAACAAUUUGGAUCGCAAGGAACUGACUAUAGUGCGUGAAUAUCGACAAGAUGGCAAUACCUUGCUUAAGCAACAGCAGCAGCAGCAGCAACAAUUGCAGCAACAGCAGCAACAGCCAGCGGGCUUGCCACAUGGCACCUCUGUGCAAAAGUUGAGCGCGCGUCCUGGGCCGCCGUCGAACUCGGUUAACAGCAGUGGCAGCAGCAGCGGCAAUAGCAGCAGCAAUAACAAUGCCAGCAGCAACAGCAACAACAGCAACAGCAACAACAGCAGCGACAACUUGGCCACUCUGUCUGUGGUCAACUCGCAUCUCGCCCCGCAUCACGUGCACAUGUCACACCCACUGCUGCAGCAGCAGCAGCAGCAACAACAACAGCAGCAGCAGCAACAGCUGUCGAGCGGCGUGGACAAGGCUACGAUUACGCCGGUGUUGAAGAAGAGCGCCAUUACGCCGACGCCCCCAGACACGAUCAUCUACAAUGUGUCCGGCAGCCACUUGGCCGCCCAGCACCAGCAGCAGCCGCCGGCGCAGUCGGCACCGCCGGCCACGCAUACGGUGCACGCACCACCGGUGCAGCAGCGCUUGCCGCCGGAGCCGGAGCCGCAGACGCUGGACCUGAGCAUCAAGAAGACGCCGCGCGAGGGCCACUCGCCGCACACGCAUCCGCAUGCGCACAGCUCGGUGGCGAGCUCUGUGGAGCGGCAUCAUGGCCCGCCGCCGCCAAACAUGGGCGGUGCAAUGAAGCACAUUGUGCGCACCUCGUCCAUGUACCGGGGCGAUGCAUCGAUGCCCAGUUUGUCGGUGUCCGGUGCUCCGCCGCCUGCCUCCAGCUAUUUGACCUACCAGCAGCUGCACGGCGUCGGCGUGGGCGUGGGUGUAGGCGUGGUGAAGACAGCGCCUGGACCGGCACAGCCGGGCUCGCUGUAUGUGCAACCCGUACCUGUACCCAUUGGCCAGGGCCAGAUGACGCGCCCAACGCCGCCGCCGCCCGCGCAGCCGCAGCCACCGCCGACGCGCGUCUCCAAGCUGCCGCCCAAGCUCAGUCCGCAGCAGCAGCAGCAACACUUGCACAGCCAGAUGCCAUCGCCGCAGCAACAGCAGCAGUCGAGUGCCCAACAACAGCAGCAGCAGCAGCAGCAACAGUUGCAGCUAGUCAAAGGCGGCUCCAUAACCCACGGCACGCCCGCCAACACCUCGCAGCAGCAGCAGCAACAGCAGCAACAACAGCAGCAGCAGCAGCAGCAAAUCAUUGUCCAUGCUGCGCCCUCGUCGCUGCCCAGCCCCAAGUACGAGAGUCUGGUGCGUCAGACGCCGCCUGGCAGCUGCCCGGACACGGGCAAGCACGGCUCGAUUACGCAGGGCACGCCGCUCCAUCUGCCGCCCCAUCACAUGGACAGCAAGCGGGCGUACGACUUCUACAAGAGCUCGCAGCGCUUGAGUCCCGCCCAGGCGCCGCCGCCGCCGCAGCAGUCGUCGCCACAGGCGCCGCCGCCCCAGGGCUACGGCGUGGGCGUUACCGUCGGAUCGCCCUACUCGCGCUCGCCGUACAGCGCGGUCGAGCAGGCAUCGGCGCUCAGCUCGAGGCAGAUCGUGAUCAACGACUACCACACGUCGCAGCAGAUGCAGGGCCAGCAGCAGCGCAAUGUCUCCCGCGGCAGCAGCAGUGCCGGCGGCGGCGCCGGCUCCGGCUCCGACAAGGAGUCGCCAUCGCCACGCAACAGCAUCAGCGGCAGCUCAGCUGUCUAUCCGGGCUAUGAGAAGGAGCCGCAGCCCCGCGGACGACCCGAAUAUUCCAGUCGCGCCUCACCGGCCGAUCAUUCCAAUAGCACACCCAGUCCGCACCGCACUCCGCCGCCCCAGCGCCAGGGCGUCAUUCAGCGCCACAACACCGGCUCGAAGCCGCCUUCGCCUGCUGCGCCGCCCCCGAGUCGCAUGCACAUUGUCACGCCCUACAAUUUUCCACCAGCUGGCCACGAUGCUUUGGCCUCGUUUGUGGACGUGGCCGUACAGCAGCCGCAGCUGCCGGUGCCGUCGCAGAAGGAUGACAAAUUGGCAGUGCCGCAGCCGGCGCCACAGCCACAGCCGCCGCCGUCGACGCACGGCCAGAUAAUAACGCAUGCGCAAGUGGCUUCCGGCCAGGCGGUGCCGCCAGCGGCACACCAUGAUCUGCGCUACCGCACCGACCCACUGGCGAGCUAUCAUAUGGCUGCCGCGGUGCAGCUCCAGCAGCAGUACAGGCACCUGAACACGGCCGCCGCCUACGAGAUGCAGCGCCGCAUGGAGCAGGCGAAGCGCGACCAGCGCCAGAUCAACAUUGAGCGGGAGCGCGAGAUACAGCGGCACCGCGACCAAGAGCGACAGCGACGCGAGCAGGAGCGCCGCGAGCAGGAGCGUGCUGCCGAGGAGCGAGAGCGGGACAGCCGACGCAUGGAGCGCAUGCUGGCCGCUGCCGUUGCGCCACCGCCUGGACAUCCGCAUGGCCACGCCCACAGCAGCCACAGCCACUACAUUCGUGGCCCGGUGCCCGAGACCGGGCCACCGCGCACCAUACCUGAUCGAGAGCGAGAUGCCUACUACCGACAGGCACACGGCAGUAAGCCGCCGGAGGAUGCCGGGCAGUUCAGCGCCCAGGCUCUGAUUGACGCCAUCAUCAAGCACGAGAUCAAUCGCACUGGCGAGCUCAGCAGCCUGCCCCGCGACAUACCGCGUCCCACCUACUAUCAGCGCGACUUGCGGCCGUCACACGAGGGCGCCGCCGUCUCGCUCAUGGCCGCCGAGAACAAUGGCAAGGCGAACUCCAGUUCGCCCAAUGUCAACAGCAUCGAUCUGGAGCAGGAGCAACGUCCGUCACAACAGCAGCAGCAGCAGCAGCAGCAACAACAGCAGCAGCAGCAGCAGCAACAGCAACAACAGCAACAACAGCAGCAACAGCAGCAGCAUCAGCAGCAGCAGCAGCAACAGCAAUCGCAGUCCAGCUCGGAGCGCUCUGUGCACGGCUCGCUGCGUGGCCAGGGUGCGCCGCCCUCGCAUCAUGGCACGCCCAUUUCGCAGGCGGGCAGCGGUCCGACGGCACAGCAGCAGAUCUACACGAAGAAAAUCACGUUCGGCGAGCUGACUGACUCGAUAAUUACGAACGAUUACGGGCCGACUCCGCACAUGCGCACCUUCCUGCCCUAUCUGCCGGAGACGCAGGCCAUCGUGACGCCCGACCGCUGGAAGCAGAAUCGCCGGCAGCAGCAGAAGGCCGAGGAGGCAGCCGCCGCGGCGCAGCGUACGCAGCGGUGGCAGCAGCGGCAGCGACGGCGGCAGUAGCAGCAGCAGCAGCGGCAUCGGCAGCAGCAACAGCGCCAGCAGCGGCCCACGCCAAGCAGCGGCGGUCGCGCCAACACGCCCGGCGAGGAUGCGCGCAACAUCAUUCGCAUGCCCCAAGCGGUCAGUCCGCGCAAGUACGCCCACGAUCUGAUCAUGCAGCAGGCCGCCGUUGCUGUGGGCGCCGAUCCGGCGCACUACUUCCUCUCUGCACCGCCCGGCGCUGUGGUCGGACGCAGCAGUGGAGGCGGUGGUGUUGUUGUCCCGCCGCCUCCAACGAGUGGCGGUGGUGGCGGCGGCGGCGAACCGCGCGGCAUUAGCGAACCGCGCGGCGGCAGCGAGCAGCGCAGCAGCAGCGGCGGCGGAGGCAGCGGCUCGGGCGCCAACUUCGACAACUAUGUGAAGAAUCGCAUUGUGGAGGCAAUGCGUGAUGAUUCCGCCUACGUCCAGGUGGCGCACAUGGCACACGCCCAUGCCGUCGCAGUGGCGGCCCACAAUGAACAGCAGCAGCAGCAGCAGCAACAGCAACAGCAGCAGCAGCAACAGCAUAGAAGCAAGGAGCCAGAGAUCAGCGUCUCAAGGAAGACACCCAACCAGUACGAGGUGGUGGACAGUGGCAGGCGCUCGGCGAGCAGCUCGAGCGGCGGUUCGAACAGCCAUCAUGCGUCCGCCUAUCAUACGGCACCGCCUCCGCCGCCGUCGGCGGUGAAUGCGUUUGCGGCAAGCACCUAUGCGUAUCCCUUCAGUGCGCUGACUGUGCCGAGCGCUGCUGGGGCUCUGCCGCCGCCGACGGUGCUGCCGCUGGCCCAUCAGUCAGCACCGCCGAGCCAUUUGAGCGCCAAGACAGCGGCGCAUGCGCUGAGUGAAGCGAGCGCCGCAGCAGCAGCGGGCGUCAGCUUGGUCGUUGGCGGUGGCGGCAGCGCCAGCAGCGGCUCAUCAAAUGCCGGCGUCAACCCCGCCUCUAGCGUCGGCGGCGGCGGUGGCAGCGGUGGUCCGCUGAAUGCCAACGUGUUGGCCGUCGCUGCGGCUGCCGCAGCAGCAGCAGCUGCCAGCGAGCCAAAGCCUCUGCUGUCAUCGAAGUACGAGGCGCUCAGCGACGAAGAUUAGUUGUGACUGCAGGCGUCGUCGUCCGGCAUGCGCAGUCUGACG